AUGCCGAGCCCCCACGACAGCGACGGCGCGGCCAUCACCGUCCGCACGAAGCGCUGCGUAGAAAAGAGCAACGUCGUGGACGGCGCGGACCUUGUGGGUCCAUACUAUGAAGAGGCGGACCUGGAGCUGCCACGACAAGCGGAAAGCGCGCAAAAAGGACCGCCUGUCUGCAAUGUGUCGGGCAGUUUGUAUACAGUGCACGCACGGGCAGAUCUGUCGACGUCGAGGGAAGUCGACGGAGAGGAUAGCGAUCGACGCAGCGUCUCUGUGAACGAUCUGCUGACGUUCGACAAAGUCAGAGCAAAGGCGCGCGAGCCGGAGAACGUGGCGCCGAUCUGUAUGAGGACAAGAAGGGGGCAAGAAGGUCGAGAUAGUGUGGACACAUGUCGAGGCGUGUCAGCUGCUGGAGAAGAGCCAUUCGUGGAGGAACGUGGCAACUACAGUGAUAUGGGAUCUCACGGCGGGAAGAUACUGGAUGUACCUGCUUAUCUUGCACGCCCUGGAUGGGAACAUGCUGCUCUCAAGCAAAAAGGGGACGAGUGGCUGCAACAAAUUGUCGCGUUGUGUGACGUGCCAUCAUUGGGGACAAAAGAUGACGAGGUGUCAGGUGUGCAGGAGCUGUGGAGCUACAGUAGCGAUCCGUUGGCAGCGACGCUGCUGUGUCCGAAGAGCAACGAUGUCGAGUGUCAUGAAGUACGCUUUCGGUUGCUCAAGCCGCAACGGAUACAAUGCGAUUGGUACGAUGCACGCAGAUCUGGACAGUCAUUCAUGUACGAAGAAUCAAGCAAGAUGUUUCAUACGGUGAACCGGGCACAUGCGCAAGCGAAGCUUCUUGUGCGAGAAGUUGUCGUGCCAAACGUGUUUGAAGGCGAGUGGGGGCGUCGAUUGUACAGCAUACGUCCUGCCGAUGAUGUGGAAGAGAUCCAGCAGCUUUUACUUCCAUGUGAACUGGUACGACACGAUGAAGUGAGGGUUCUCGCUGCGCCGUCGACAAUCGUGGCAUUGGCGGACGCACAUCUGCAUAGUCUCCAGCGUACUGACAUUUCGCUGACAAAAGCGUCCAUGAAUACUCCAUGUGUGUGGAAUCACGCAGCUGCUCUGAAUGGGCUAGCAAAGCUGGUCGCUGAGAAGCUGAGUGAGGUGGGUACACAAUCAAAAUUGCCCGCGUCAUAUACCUGCGGUUCCGCGUCGGUACCGUUGCACGCCGAUGAUAAUCGAGAGAACCCAGCGACCCCACCCGCGACCAAAAAGAAUGAGGAUCAGUCCGAUCCGUCUUCGCGGGCUAGCCUGGCGCGAUUGCUGCUUGCAAACAAAGCAUCCCCCGUUGACCUGAGUACGGACUAUCUGUUGAGCGACAAGUUUCUGAGGUGUGCGUGGAGUGAGCGAUCACCAGAUGGGACGAGUUCGAGCAAAAUCACCUCAACGAAUGAUGUGAGCCCAGAUCCUCCCAAAGAGGAUUCGACAUUCAACCAACUUCUGCAGCAGAUUGCUCGGCCAGCAUUGUGGGACUUGAUGCGGAAAAGGAUGCUUCGAGUUGACGAGUCUUCUUUCCAGCAGGCUCUAAAUGGUGUGAGCUUGGAAGCAUUAGAAGCAAUCAUUUACAAGCAAUGCCAUGAGGUGAAAAAGAUGAGAGUGAACCCUUCAGCGUUUGCAAGUACCGACAUCAUCGAAGCUUGUGCUACUCUUCGUCAAGCCGCCUGGCUUCAUACUUUGCGCAUCAUAUCGAUGUACCAAGUGCGGGGGGCUGCGAUGAUGGCAGCCUUCUUGGCUAGGAUCCUCCACAGUGCCAAGUACAAGCUCAUGCUGGGGUCUUCCAACUGGAAAGAUCUUUGUACACUCUUGGAGCCGAUUGGCAAGCGCGGCGUACCUGUCGACACAAGCAUGAUCGAUUCCGGUGGACAGGAAGUCACAAGCGAUACGACGGAGAACGGAUCGGUACCGCAUCCACUUCAGAAAAGGCAAAAACUCAUGCAGAUGGAGAAAGAGAACGUGCCUGUUCGCGUCUUGUGUUCGGUCCCGUUCCUGCAGCAGGACGAGCUUCUCGAUGAACUUUGUACAGAGCAGCAAAUCUACUUCAUCGAGCGAGAUCUCCCGCCACCGAUCGACAUACUCAUUGACGAAAGAAACUGCAUCUGCGUGGUGACUGAUGCCAUACUCCAAGUUGAAGCAAACAUGAAGAGCUUCAUUUUCAGCUUAGCUCGGUUGCAAAUUCAGUUCCAGAAGUGCUGGCUCGUUAUUGCGUUGUGCAGUCCUCCAACUGCAAACAUGGAAGAUGCCAUGACCUUGUUCCUCUCAGCACUUGUGCAAUUCCGAGUCGAAGUCCACGUGUUGACAAGUUUUUCGUGUGAGGAAGCCGGAUGCUUCGUCCGUACGGUCAUCGAUCAAUGCGCCGAAGCCGCGCUAGAAGAUCGCCGCAUCCUGCCUCGCGUGUGGUUCGACCGCCCGUUCUUGCUCGAAGAGGAAUCGCAGUUCGAACGCUUUCUUGUAUCGACACGGAUCGUCAAUAACUACGCAGCACAGUCCCUGCUGCACAAGAUAUGCAUGGAAGAUCUGUUCACCAAAGACCUCACCGAGUUGAAGCUGCUCGCCCAGAAUGCAGUGACGGAUCAUCAGUUAGAGCUUCUGUGGAGAUUUGUUCAGCAAGGACACGGACUCAAUGGGGCUACGUAG